UGGUCCUACACUUAAAUGUGUCCCCCACCGUCUUGCUGCAUUGAUGUUGCGCGCGCGUGUGCUAGCGACAAAUUUAGUUCAAACUAAAUAUCUCGCCGACACAGUCAACACAACAAUCAGUGGCACAUUGCAAAAGUUGAGUCCUAAGCUUUUCCCUGCACAGCGUAUCGCAUUUGUUAUCAACGCCGCGGGGAGACGACACAUGUCGAGUGAGGCUAAGAGGUUAUGUGUUGACAACAUGGCCGCCAAAAAGAUCGGAACCCACAACGGAACCUUUCAUUGUGACGAGGUUUUGGCCUGCUUCUUCCUCCGGCAGCUACCCGAAUACAAGAAUGCGGAGAUCGUGCGGACCAGGGACCCUGCGCAACUGGCUUGCUGCGACAUCGUCGUCGAUGUGGGAGGAGAAUUUGAUCCACAGAGGCACCGCUACGAUCAUCAUCAGAGGACCUUUGCAGAGACCUUUCACAGCCUUCGUCCCGACAAGCCUUGGCUGACCAAGCUCAGCUCUGCCGGCCUGGUCUAUCUCCACUUUGGCCGUCGGCUGCUGGCCCAGCUGACGCAGCUGAAGGACGACGACAAGCGGCUGGAGAUCCUCUUUGACAAGCUCUAUGAGAACUUUGUGGAGGAGGUGGACGCCAUAGACAAUGGCAUUUCACAGUGUGACGGUGAGGCACGCUACGCCAUCUCCACCACGCUGAGCGCACGUGUUGGUCAUCUGAAUCCGCGCUGGAACAGCAAGAGUCAGGACACAGAGGAGGGGUUCAAAAAAGCUUUGGCAUUAGUUGGGGAUGAGUUUCUGGACCGUUUGGAUUUCUACAAGUCCUCCUGGUUGCCAGCCCGCCAGGUUGUGGAAGAAGCCGUUAACGAGCGGUACAAGGUUGAUCCCUGUGGGCAGGUGAUGGAGUUCUCCCAAGGCGGCUGUCCGUGGAAGGAGCAUCUGUUCGCCCUGGAGAAGGAGCUCCAGGUGGAGACGCCCAUCAAGUAUGUGCUGUACUCCGACCAGAAUGGACAUUGGAGGGUCCAGUGUGUCCCUGCAGGCCUCAACACCUUCCAGAGCAGACUGCCCCUGCUCGAGGAGUGGCGCGGUAUCCGCGACGAUGCGCUGUCCGAGCUCAGCGGCAUCGAGGGAUGCAUUUUCGUCCACGCCGCCGGAUUUAUUGGUGGGAACAAGACGCGGGAAGGGGCCCUGGAGAUGGCGCGCAGGACCCUCCAGGCCGCUGCAAACGCACCUGCCAAUGGCGACUGCUGACCAGUACACCUAUUUAAAAAAACUUAUUUUUUUGGGGGGGGCCAGGAUGUCACUGUCACUAAUUGUCAUUUUGUUAUUCGAGAGAUGGUUUCCAACUGACCGCAUUAGGUACACCUGCACAAUCAAAUACGACAGUAAGCUUCCUUUCAAUGUGGUCAUACUCAGUUUUGUUUGGGGACCAUCCGAGGUGUUUCUAGCAAUGUAAUACAUGUCUCCACUGCAAACCACAAACACACCAAUGAAACUAGAAUAGCACUUUGUGGAUGAUAGACCUCCGCUAAUGCCCAAAAGUGUUGAUUUGAAUCGAAGCAAAAUUGCAACCUCUUGUUUACACGCUCGAGAGACGUGAAAUAAUUAGUCAAAUAAAUAUUCACAACUGAUGGAACAAAAUUUGCAUCGGCAUCCAAAUUUCUUGUGAAAUUAUGACAGGAUAUUAGAAAAAUAAUAAUAAAAAAUCAUAUAAAAUGGACCCUCAUGUUUGUCGGGUAUAGAGACCGAAUAGCAAAGAUAUGUUUAUAAUUGAUGCCCUUUGUAAGUGAGUUGUAUUUUUAUUUUAUGCUACUCCCCCACACCUCAGGAAUGGCCCUAAUACCUGGAGCCACAUUGAAAUAGUUUGACCCAUUUACCUUCGCUCCACAAUUUUGGUUAAUCGAGAAAGUAAGAAAAAAAGAGAACCUCCUUGGCAGAGGUAAAUAUUAAGUUGCAAAACGGCAAUAUCUUUUUAACAGCAGUUUGUGGCCAAGGGGGGUUGGGAUACAGCCCUUGCACUGGUUCUAUUUGAUUGUGUCUCUGAACCUAACGAACUCCUUUGCCAUUCAUUUCCAAUAAAAGUGACCUAUUAAUACUU